CUAUCUGAAUUCGCACCACUUUGGGACAAAAACCAGGACGACUACCGACACUAUUCACCCUGUAUGGCAUACCCUUUGUUCCAAGAACCCCGGCUUGCCAGCAGCACCAUCAGGCUUGUCAGGAACGAUCGAGGCGUCGAUAAACGAGUACAGCACCAACCUCAACAACAUGUGGGCGAGCGAUAAGAUUUUUAAAGCAGCCCUACAUCAUCUGACAUUGGAUCUGUUGCGCAUCAACUUGGCGACAAAAAAAGAGAAGGAGAACGUCGAAAAGGCCGAAAAACUUGUCAAGGAUGCGCGGGAGCAUGAGGAAAAAAACAGAAAUACACCAAUCAAGUAUACUAUCCUACAACUGCGGUCUAAGCAACGCCACGAGUGCCGGCAGAUAGCGAGGCACCUACAAUUAGAAAGUCAAUAUCCAGAACAAACAGAAAAAUUUGCUCAACGAAUCAAAGCAUGUAUGCAUCGGUUAGACAAGAUCGUCACCCAGUUGAAGGAGAAGAAAGCCCCUGUUGGAGAAAGCAUUGAACCAGAGGAGGAGGAGGGACCUCGAAUAAAAGAUGACCAAACCAGCCUUGCUUUUGGUGAUGAGACUGUUGACUAUAUUGAAGAUGAAGAUGGUGACAGUGUUGCUUCUAGUAACGACGAGAUUGAACUUGAAGAGCAUUCGCUACCUGUCGUUGACGAAAACGGAACCAUCCAAUUAGGCAAUCUGGUUACUACUAUGGCUGACCGUGAAGCUGCGCAUGAAGAUGAAACUCAAGAUAUGGAACUGUCGCAACAAGAAGCACAAGUUGAUGAACUGUCUGAACAACAAAGAGCCCAGGAUAGCACACCCAACGAGCAGAAGACAUCUUAUUCGCGUAUCAAGUCGUUGCAAGGUCUACUGAAAGCGUUAUUACGUUCACCGAGUAUACCACGAGACCGAGACGUAGAAGAAGCUCAAAUCACGGAGUUCACACGAAUGAAAAGCCUUGCUGCAUGGGAGGUCGCAGCUGUGCAAAAGAUUGCCAACGCACUUUUACCAUUCACGCCCGACGACGAAACCCGAUGCUUCAUGACAGAGCUUCCAUUCGUAGUCUUAUCAAAUACGAUUCUAUCUGCUAUUGGCUACAAAGACCAUAUUGUCGAUAUUCAUCCUGAUGUUGCACCUCACAAGAUCCACGUGCAGGCAUUGACACCAGCAAUCAUGUACGAGAUUUUGACACCUCAUAAUCGUGGACGGGCUCAAGGUCAAUAUCAAGUGCUAGAUGACCAGACCAAUCCCAUUACAUCGCGUGAACGAGCUCGAGAUAACCCCGAUGCUAUGCUAUGGUCCUUCUUCGAUCAGUCUCGUGUUGAAUCACUAGCGGACCGACAUCGCAUGGAAUUCUGUAAUCGCAUUAUCGUACGACCAGACAAGACCGUAUCAAUCGUUGGAAUCAUGAAGGAAGGCUGUGGGCCGUUGGUCUCUGCAUAUGAGGAACGUCAACGAAAGCGACGAAAGAAGGGAGGUCGGUCAGGAGCGUCAGCAAUCAUUGGGACGACCGAUAAGACGCUUGAACAGUUACAAGCUGAUGAAGAGCGGGCAACAUCGAGCAUAAAAGAGCUACAAAGAAGACAUGGUGUUCUAAAGAAAAAAUACCGACAAACCGCCAAGGAACGCAAAAUAGCCAAAAAACGUUUUCAGUUUGCAACCAAACAUGAAAGAAUCGAAGCAAGUACCGCACUAUCGAUACGUGUGCGUGAAAAUCGGCAAGCUAGGCUCGCUAUGCUGCUUAAUCAUCGUGAUUUGAAGAAUGAAAAGAGUCGUAGAUACAAGACCCAAAAGUUUAUCGAGCAGGCGAAAAACAACAAGAAAGACAAUGCCGCUGCAACUACUGUCCCAGCAAUAAUACCGACUGUGCAAAAGCCUCAGUGCGAAGAUACAGCUGCUAAUAUUGAUCUGUCAAAUUAUUGCCCAUUGGGUCAAGUCUACGGUGGUACAGACUACGGUCAUGUUAUAAUGUCCCAGACAACAGCCUUAACCAAACAAGAUGUUCUUUUCCACGUCUCUCUCUACAACGCGCAGCAAAUUCAUCGGCAGCAGCCAAGAUUAGCCGAAGCAGGCUCGCUUGGAGCAGAUGUAUCAAUCAACCAAGCGUCCGACACGUCUUCACCCUCUGCAAUCCCGCGACACGAUGCCACACAAGCAAAUAUGAAGAGGGAAGGCAUGGAUUUAGAACCACCACCUCCAGCGAAGCGCCAGACGACCUUUGAUUUAAAAAAUGCUGUCGGAAGUUCUGAAUUGCACCUACAAGAACAGAGUGACGCCAAGCGGGAAGGAUCUACAUUGGAAGAGCAACAACCACCAGCAAAGCGGCAGUGUUUGCAUAGUGAUGCUACAACAUCUCAUCAAAGCCCGCCACCGCAUAUAUCCAAAAAGGAAGCAAUACAUUGCAGCUGGGUCUUGAACCAUGUUGAAAACGGAUCCAUCACAAUGAGCCACAAAGGACGUAUACGGAUGUCACGACAGAAUAUUCAGCAGAUGCGGAUUCUGUUGGACCGUGAGAUGAAAGCUUCACCGCAGCAAGAGCAUCAGGACCAGCGUCAGGACCAGCAGCUACAACAACAGCAGCAAUAUAUUGAUCUUGAAACGCUUACAGUCAAGGACCUAAAACUACCCAAGCCAUUCACAAUCACACACGAACAGAUCCAUGAAGCGACGAAAACAAAAAAGUUCAUGGUGAGGCAGGAGAACCGGCUGAAGAAGGUAUGUUCAUGUAAAAUUGUUGUACGCAUACGUGACAGUUUACAUACUUAGCUUAUCUUGCUUUAAUGUUUAUGAACUACAUUGAUAUACAGCCUGAGAAUGAAGAAGUGCGGAAUGCUCUCCACGACUUACAACAAAACUGCUUCGUUGGCAUCUGCGAUCCAGUGGAAAUCUUCAAAAGGCAAAAAGUCAGGCUACAGCAUGUCGACGUUCUACGCAAGUUUUAUUAUUCCAACGCUGCCCUCAAUGAACACCGUCACCGCGAAAUUGCUACAAGUCGUCUUUAUACGCAACUUGCGACAAAGGAACGCCAAUACGUCAGAAGCACAACUUCCAAAAAGCUAGGAAUCCCAUCCAAAAACCUGCGUCCUGUCAUGUGUGUUGGCCUUGCCGGCACAGGCGUAGGCUCCC